CAAACGAUAAAACAAGAACAAAGUUGCCUCUGCACCAUUUGGUUUCGGUUUGAUUGUCCCAAAAGCAAAACCAUAGUUGUAUUUUAUUUAUAUUUAUAUAAUAAAGGAAGCUAAAAUAUUGCUUUCGAACAUAUAUCUUCCUUUCCCCGUUUGCUUUCUCCGCUGCUGCGCCUACUUGUUUGUUCUGUUCACUCCUCACUCCUCAACUCAAGACAAUUUCUGCUUCGGCAGCAGGGUGGCUCCUCCUCCAUUCCUCAUGACCGCUAUCGCUGUCACAAAUGUUAGAGCUUCUGGAUUUUCUUGCCCGCCACCACUUACUUCAUUUGCCAGAUUCACUUGUGUAAAAGGAAGAGCAAUUCCAGCUCCAGGAGCAGGAUUGUCAGAAACAGACCAGUCCUCACUCGUGGUUUGUUUUGGAGAGUUGUUGAUUGAUUUCGUCCCGACUGUUAAUGGAGUUUCAUUGGCUGAAGCACCUGCUUUUAAGAAAGCUCCGGGAGGCGCACCUGCUAACGUUGCCGUUGGUAUAGCUCGUCUCGGUGGUUCAUCAGCAUUUCUUGGGAAGGUUGGUGAAGAUGAGUUUGGAUACAUGCUUGCCAAUAUACUGAAGGAAAAUAAUGUGAAAACUGAAGGAAUGCGUUUUGACCCUGGUGCACGAACUGCUUUAGCUUUUGUUACGCUGAGGAGUGAUGGUGAACGUGAGUUCAUGUUUUAUCGUAAUCCUAGUGCUGACAUGUUGCUUGAAGAAUCUGAACUCGAUCUGAAUUUAAUCAGAAAGGCAAAAAUAUUUCACUAUGGUUCUAUAAGUCUAAUUACAGAACCAUGCAAGUCAGCCCACAUUGCUGCAGCAAAAGCUGCGAAGGAUGCUGGCGUGGUCAUUUCUUAUGAUCCAAACCUCAGACUUCCACUGUGGCCUUCUGCAGACGCUGCCAGAGAAGGAAUUUUGAGCAUAUGGGAAAUUGCCGACAUCAUCAAGAUAAGCGAAGAAGAGAUCUCUUUUCUAACGCAAGGAGAAGAUCCGUAUGAUGACAAUGUUGUUCGUAAAUUGUACCACCCAAAUCUUAAAUUACUGCUUGUUACUGAGGGCCCGGAUGGUUGCAGGUAUUACACCAAGGAGUUUAGUGGAAGAGUGGAAGGUGUAAAGGUAGAUGCUGUGGACACCACUGGUGCUGGGGAUGCAUUUGUAGCCGGUGUACUAUCACAACUAGCACUUGACCUCUCCUUGCUUCAGAAAGAGGACAAAUUGAGAGAUGCUCUCAAGUUUGCUAAUGCUUGUGGCGCGUUGACUGUCACGGAGAGAGGUGCGAUUCCUGCUUUGCCAACUAGAGAAGCUGUACUAAACGCCAUUCUCAAAUCUGUUGCUUAGAUUUUUUUUUUUUUUUUAAUUAUUACAUUCUAAAUUAUUGUUACUGGAACUGUGACAAGAGUGUACAAUAAGAGAGAUAAUUUUAGUUAGAUUGAUAGUCAAAAUAUCAAUGUUAUGUACCCAAACUCAGAUAAUGUUUUUUUGGCGACUUGUAAGAUAAUACUACCAUCAACUGCCUGUAUUUUCAUUAUUCUAAAUAAAAUAAAAAAUAAAAAAAAA